AGAUGGGGUUUCACCGCGUUAGCCAGGAUGGUCUGGAUCUCCUGACCUCGUGAUCCGCCCGCCUUGGCCUCCCAAAGUGCUGGGAUUACAGGCAUGAGCCACCGCGCCCGGCGGCGAGGUCUUCCUUUCAAGCCAUAACUCUCACCUGUCCCUGUCUCAGAAAUUGUGGCCCUCUCACGCCAAGCUUUUCUCUUCUGUGCCUUUGCUCCUUGUGGUUUUUUUUCUGGAAUGGUGUCUUUUUUCUAUCCUGGCUAAGUGCAACUCAUCUGUUAAAAGUGGGCUUCGGAAUUACUUCUGGGAAGCCUUUUCUCAAGUACCCCGAAGCCUCCCAAGACUGGGAUGGGGAUCUUUGUAUUUCUACCGCUCACUCCCUAACCCACUUCCAAGGGCAGGGACUACAUCUUACUUUCUUCUGCCUUCAGUGAAUGUUUUUUUGUUUUUUUUGAGACGGAGUUUUACUCUUGUUGCCCAGGCUGGAGUGCAAUGGCGUGAUCUCGGCUAACCAUAACCUCCGCCUCCCGGGUUCAAGCGAUUCUCCUGCCUCAGCCUCCCGAGUAGCUGGGAUUACAGGCAUGCGCGACCACGCCUUGCUAAUCUUGUAUUUUUAGUAGAGACGGGGUUUCUCCAUUUUGGUCAGGCUGGUCUCGAACUCCUGACCUCAGGUGAUCCGCCCACCUCGGCCUCCCAAAGUGCUGGGAUUGGAUCCUUGAGCCACCGUGCUCGGCCCAGUGAAUGUUUAUCUAAAGAAUUCAGCCUAAGGUUUUCCAGCGGGCAAGCAGUUGAGUCAGAAAUUAGCGCUUAGAUUCUGGCUGGGCUCUAAUUCAAAUGCAAAAUUCUUAAAUAUCCUCACUUUAGUAGAGUUCUUUACAGUUUGCAAAACAAUUCUCAUAAAGCUACUCUUUAAGUCCUGGGGCAGGAGUCGCAGAAAGGAAAUGUUUUAAACCAGGAGCUAGAGAGGAACUAGAAAAUCCUGGCAUAGGGGUAACAGUCUUGAGAAGGGAGCCAACAGCAAACCUCACCCUGCUCACCAGAAAAACUCCACCCUGGCACCUCGGACACCCGCCCGCACGGUCUGCGGCGCACCGAGCCCUCCCACCUCGAAGACUACAAAUCCCAGCAUGCCUCACAGUGAGUGGCAGGGCGCAGGGCAUGCCGGGACACGUAGUCCCACCCUAGCACGGGAACAGGCCGGAACGUCCCAUGACGUCAGGAGGGCUCGGGAAAGGAGUUCGGAACCGGUCCAGGCUGAAGUUAAAUCUCCCUCUAAACAGCCGACUCUGGUUUCUUUGGCGACUCGGUUUCUACUCUAAACAGGUCCCGCUCCACAGUCUGGGCGGGCCUGUGGUGUGCGUUGAGUAGCCUCUAGCGUGAAAACUUCAUGGUUAAAAGGGAAGUACCGGAGGCAAGAAAUAGCUUUCGAGGCACUGGUUUGUUAGAGUAGUGGUACGUAGUGCGCCGCCCUGAACGGGGGCAGAGACGCUGCUUUUCCAGCAGCGCCAGUGAGGACGUGGCAAGACUGCCUCGGACGUGCGCUUCCUCUUCCUCAGCCCGUCGGGUUAGAGGCGCGGGAGGCGCAGAGGCUGCUGGGAACGCGCAUGCGCCCAGCGCGGCGGGGAGUCCACCUUUAACGUCCGCGGGCGCGGGGUGUGUCGGGUGUCGACGGCGGCGCUUUGCGGCCGGUCGUGCGGGUCGGGCGCGGGCGGGCGCGGCGGCAGUGGCGCGCACAGGUGAUUGACUGGCCAGCUGCCUGAAGGAGCACCGGGUCCUCCUUGCUGGCAGGUGGCGGAGCCCAUUGGGGCGGCGGUGCAGACCGCGGCGGCGGCGGCGGCUGCGGCGGUCUGGCUCGAGACGCGUUCCUGGGGCCAAGGCCAUGGCCCCGCGGCUGCAGCUGGAGAAGGCGGCCUGGCGCUGGGCGGAGACGGUGCGGCCCGAGGAGGUGUCGCAGGAGCACAUCGAGACCGCUUACCGCAUCUGGCUGGAGCCCUGCAUUCGCGGCGUGUGCAGACGAAAUUGCAAAGGAAAUCCGAAUUGCUUGGUUGGUAUUGGUGAGCAUAUUUGGUUAGGAGAAAUAGAUGAAAAUAGUUUUCAUAACAUCGAUGAUCCCAACUGUGAGAGGAGAAAAAAGAACUCGUUUGUGGGCCUGACUAACCUUGGAGCCACUUGUUAUGUCAACACAUUUCUUCAAGUGUGGUUUCUCAACUUGGAGCUUCGGCAGGCACUCUACUUAUGUCCAAGCACUUGUAGUGACUACAUGCCGGGAGACGGCAUCCAAGAAGAAAAAGAUUAUGAGCCUCAAACAAUUUGUGAGCAUCUCCAGUACUUGUUUGCCUUGUUGCAAAACAGUAAUAGGCGAUACAUUGAUCCAUCGGGAUUUGUUAAAGCCUUGGGCCUGGACACUGGACAACAGCAGGAUGCUCAAGAAUUUUCAAAGCUCUUUAUGUCUCUAUUGGAAGAUACUUUGUCUAAACAAAAGAAUCCAGAUGUGCGCAACAUUGUUCAACAGCAGUUCUGUGGAGAAUAUGCCUAUGUAACUGUUUGCAACCAGUGUGGCAGAGAGUCUAAGCUUUUGUCAAAAUUUUAUGAGCUGGAGUUAAAUAUCCAAGGCCACAAACAGUUAACAGAUUGUAUCUCGGAAUUUUUGAAGGAAGAAAAAUUAGAAGGAGACAAUCGCUAUUUUUGCGAGAACUGUCAAAGCAAACAGAAUGCAACAAGAAAGAUUCGACUUCUUAGCCUUCCUUGCACUCUGAACUUGCAGCUAAUGCGUUUUGUCUUUGACAGGCAAACUGGACAUAAGAAAAAGCUGAAUACCUACAUUGGCUUCUCAGAAAUUUUGGAUAUGGAGCCUUAUGUGGAACAUAAAGGUGGGUCCUAUGUGUAUGAACUCAGCGCAGUCCUCAUACACAGAGGAGUGAGUGCUUAUUCCGGCCACUACAUCGCCCACGUGAAAGAUCCACAGUCUGGUGAAUGGUAUAAGUUUAAUGAUGAAGACAUAGAAAAGAUGGAGGGGAAGAAAUUACAACUAGGGAUUGAGGAAGAUCUAGCAGAACCUUCUAAGUCUCAGACACGUAAACCCAAGUGUGGCAAAGGAACUCAUUGUUCUCGAAAUGCAUAUAUGUUGGUUUAUAGACUGCAAACUCAAGAAAAGCCCAACACUACUGUUGAAGUUCCAGCCUUUCUUCAAGAGCUGGUAGAUCGGGAUAAUUCCAAAUUUGAGGAGUGGUGUAUUGAAAUGGCUGAGAUGCGUAAGCAAAGUGUGGAUAAAGGAAAAGCAAAACACGAAGAGGUUAAGGAGCUGUACCAAAGGUUACCUGCUGGAGCUGAGCCCUAUGAGUUUGUCUCUCUGGAAUGGCUGCAAAAGUGGUUGGAUGAAUCAACACCUACCAAACCUAUUGAUAAUCACGCUUGCCUGUGUUCCCAUGACAAGCUUCACCCAGAUAAAAUAUCAAUUAUGAAGAGGAUAUCUGAAUAUGCAGCUGACAUUUUCUACAGUAGAUAUGGAGGAGGUCCAAGACUAACUGUGAAAGCCCUGUGUAAGGAAUGUGUAGUAGAACGUUGUCGCGUAUUGCGUCUGAAGAACCAACUAAAUGAAGAUUAUAAAACUGUUAAUAAUCUGCUGAAAGCAGCAGUAAAGGGCAACGAUGGAUUUUGGGUGGGGAAGUCCUCCUUGCGGAGUUGGCGCCAACUAGCUCUUGAACAGCUGGAUGAGCAAGAUGGUGAUGCAGAACAAAGCAACGGAAAGAUGAAUGGUAGCACCUUAAAUAAAGAUGAAUCAAAGGAAGAAAGAAAAGAAGAGGAGGAAUUAAAUUUUAAUGAAGAUAUUCUGUGUCCACAUGGUGAGUUAUGCAUAUCUGAAAAUGAAAGAAGGCUUGUUUCUAAAGAGGCUUGGAGCAAACUGCAGCAGUACUUUCCAAAGGCUCCUGAGUUUCCAAGUUACAAAGAGUGCUGUUCACAGUGCAAGAUUUUAGAAAGAGAAGGGGAAGAAAAUGAAGCCUUACAUAAGAUGAUUGCAAACGAGCAAAAGACUUCUCUCCCAAAUUUGUUCCAGGAUAAAAACAGACCGUGUCUCAGUAACUGGCCAGAGGAUACGGAUGUCCUCUACAUCGUGUCUCAGUUCUUUGUAGAAGAGUGGCGGAAAUUUGUUAGAAAGCCUACAAGAUGCAGCCCUGUGUCAUCAGUUGGGAACAGUGCUCUUUUGUGUCCCCACGGGGGCCUCAUGUUUACAUUUGCUUCCAUGACCAAAGAAGAUUCUAAACUUAUAGCUCUCAUAUGGCCCAGUGAGUGGCAAAUGAUACAAAAGCUCUUUGUUGUGGAUCAUGUAAUUAAAAUCACGAGAAUCGAAGUGGGAGAUGUAAACCCUUCAGAAACACAGUAUAUUUCUGAGCCUAAACUCUGUCCAGAAUGCAGAGAAGGCUUAUUGUGUCAGCAGCAGAGGGACCUGCGUGAAUACACUCAAGCCACCAUCUAUGUCCAUAAAGUUGUGGAUAAUAAAAAGGUGAUGAAGGAUUCGGCUCCGGAGCUGAAUGUGAGUAGUUCUGAAACAGAGGAGGACAAGGAAGAAGCUAAACCAGAUGGAGAAAAAGAUCCAGAUUUUAAUCAAAGCAAUGGUGGAACAAAGCGGCAAAAGAUAUCCCAUCAAAAUUAUAUAGCCUAUCAAAAACAAGUUAUUCGCCGAAGUAUGCGACAUAGAAAAGUUCGUGGUGAGAAAGCACUUCUCGUUUCUGCUAAUCAGACGUUAAAAGAAUUGAAAAUUCAGAUCAUGCAUGCAUUUUCAGUUGCUCCUUUUGACCAGAAUUUGUCGAUCGAUGGAAAGAUUUUAAGUGAUGACUGUGCCACCCUAGGCACCCUUGGCGUCAUUCCUGAAUCUGUCAUUUUAUUGAAGGCUGAUGAACCAAUUGCAGAUUAUGCUGCAAUGGAUGAUGUCAUGCAAGUUUGUAUGCCAGAAGAAGGGUUUAAAGGUACUGGUCUUCUUGGACAUUAAUCUUUGAAUACUUGCUGACUGCUAAGAAAUGACCAGAGGGGAAGAGGAGUUUGACAUGUUAGGGCAUUAAAGCAAAGGUGGAUUUAAGAAUUAAACCAUUACAUGCCCCUUCCAAAAGGCAGAAAUCCAUUCAAACGUGACUGUCCCAAAUGCCUUAUGUCAAAUAAAGCAGAUUGCACUGAUGGACAUCAGACUUGAAGGAAAUGCUUCCAAUUUUAUAUUUAAGGGGGGUGGUGGGUGGGAGGGGGCAAGUAAAGAUGGAACAAGUUUAGUAGCAGUAAUAGUAAAUCAUGUUUACAUAUGAGAUUUAUAGUUGUGGGAGGGGAAUAAAGUUCUGUUAUAUUUCCUUGCUCGAAUUUCAUACCAGAUGCGUUGGUCCAUAAAGGAUUGUAUCAAGUAGAUGGGACAACAUUCUGCUCUGAACGAAAAGUAAUUUUAGAGACAUAACCUGCUUACCAAUGCCUGUCUUUGAUUCAUAUUCUACUUUCAAUAAAGCAUGAAAGUGAAGAACUUGU